AUGCACGGCGAGGGCGCUGAGCAGGGCCUCGGGACGAGGGAGGUCUCCCGGGGAAGGGGCCGGCAGGAUGUAGCCCUCCGCCCUGGCGUCGCUUCCGCACGGGCAUCGGGACGCGCGUCCCUCGACCCCAGGCGUUGCAGUGCUGAUGGCCUCCAGCACGCCCACCGCAGACACGACCAAAUGCCCACCGGGCCCCCCGAGGGGUAACAGCCCCUGGAGAAGUUAGGGCAUCAGUGUUACAGCGCUCCCCUUCAUGCACCGUAGUUUGUCUGCGGAUGUGUCGUCUAACCUGACCGAGAAAUGUUCUUUUUGGGGGCCAAAGUGUGAGUAUAUCUGAACGCAGAGCCUCAUCUAUUCACAAAUAAGCCCAGCAAUCUCAACAAAGAGGAUCACUUCUCUGUAGGACGUUUUGCCAAGGUACAGAAUGAGCACCUGCUGUUGGUGUACUCCAGGUGGUACUUCCACCGUUGAUGUUCUGAAGUGCUAUGCAUCUAGCACUGGAUCGAGUGAAUUUCAAACAGCUGAUGAAGACCUCUGCUACUGCUUAGAGUGUGUGGCUGAGUACCACAGAGCCAGAGAUGAGGUGCCGUUCUUGCAUGAGGUUUUAUGGGAACUAGAAACCUUACGCCUCAUAAAUCACUUUGAGAAGUCUAUGAAGGCAGAAGUUGAAGAUGAUGAAUUAUAUAUAGUAGACAACAAUGGAGAAGAACAGCUAUUUGACUGUAGUGGCCAAGAUUUUGAAAAUAAGCUUCGAGUUCCUCUUUUUGAAAUACUGAAGUACCCUUAUUUGCUUCUUCAUGAGCGUGUUAAUGAACUGUGUGUGGAAGCACUUUGUCGAAUGGAACAAGCCAAUUGCUCCUUUCAGGUUUUUGACAAGUAUCCAGGGAUCUAUUUGUUUUUGGUUCAUCCCAAUGAAAUGAUUCGGCGAUGGGCUAUUCUGACUGCAAGAAACCUAGGGAAAGUGGACAGAGAUGACUAUUACGACUUACAGGAAGUUUUAACUUGCCUUUUUAAAGUCAUUGAGUUGGGGCUUUUGGAAAGUCCAGACAUUUACACAUCUUCUGUGCUUGAAAAAGGCAAACUGAUCCUUCUACCUGCACACAUGUAUGAUACUACCAACUACAAAAACUACUGGCUAGGUAUUUGCAUGUUGCUGACUAUUCUUGAGGAGCAAGCCAUGGAUUCACUGUUGUUGGGCUCAGACAAACAAAACGAUUUUAUGCAAUCAAUCCUUCAUACCAUGGAGAGGCAAUCAGAUGAUGAAAGCAUGGAUCCUUUCUGGCCAGCAUUACACUGUUUCAUGGUGAUUCUAGAUCGCCUUGGAUCUAAGGUGUGGGGUCAACUUAUUGACCCUAUUGAAGCAUUUCAAACCAUCAUUAACAAUGUGAGCUACAAUAGAGAGAUCCAAAAUAUACGGAACAGCUCUAUAAGGACCAAAUUAGAACCGGAGCCACAUUUUGAUGAUAUGGUGACGUGCAGCCAGAUUGUCUAUAACUAUAAUCCUGAAAAGACUAAAAAGGAUUCAGGGUGGAGAUCAGCCAUUUGUCCAGAUUAUUGUCCUAACAUGUAUGAAGAAAUGGAAACAUUAGCCAAUGUACUUCAGUCAGAUAUUGGUCAAGAUAUGCGUGUUCAUAACAGUACCUUUCUGUGGUUCAUACCUUUUGUUCAGUCACUCAUGGAUCUUAAGGAUUUGGGUGUGGCUUACAUUGUUGAAGUUAUUCAUCAUCUAUACUCUGAAGUCAAAGAUGUCCUCAACCAGACAGAUGCUGUGUGUGACAAAGUCACUGAAUUUUUUAUUUUGAUUUUAGUAUCUGUGAUUGAACUGCAUAGAAACAAAAAAUGUUUGCAUCUGCUAUGGGUGAGUUCUCAGCAAUGGGUAGAAGCUGUUGUGAAGUGUGCCAAGCUUCCUACUACUGCAUUUGCACGGAGUUCUGAGAAGUCAUCUGGAAGUAUCCCAAAGGGAGCAGCAAUAAUAUCAUCAUUGGCAUUGCAUUCUGUGCCCUCUAACUCUGUCCAGCUUGCUUGUGUUCAGUUGAUUAGGGGUCUCCUGAAAGAAGGUUAUCAGCUUGGCCAGCAAACACUUUGUAAGCGGUUUUGGGAUAAACUUAACUUAUUCCUUAGAGGAAAUUUAUCUCUGGGUUGGCAGUUGACUGCUCAAGAAACCCAUGAGUUACAAAUGUGCUUGAAACAAAUAAUUAGAAACAUAAAAUUCAAAAUGCCCCAAUAUAGCACUUUUGGGGAUCUGACUUCUACAUGUAAAACUCCUCCAUCUUUUAAAGAAGAAAGUGAACAAAUAGACAGGAAGCCUAAAAAAGACAUGUAUUGCCUGGAAAAUUUUAGCCCCACAUGUUCUAAAGAACCGUUGAAAGCUGACAGCAAUCAAGUAUUGAUGAAAGCAAAUAAUACAGAAGAGGAGGGCAUUAAGCAGCAUUACAUUGGUUUGAAUGAAGAAGAGGAGCCUCUUCCAGCUGAAUUAUGCUUGAAGCAGAAGAGUGAGGCCCUAUUUUCUGGAAGUGCUCAAGAGCAAGUUCAGAUAAGUACAGAGAAGUCGGUAACAGAAAAUUCUUCAUUUACACCACAAAAUAAUACUAUAAGAAAUGGCUCAGAAUGGGGAUAUGAUAGAGGAGUAAUAAUAUCAACACGUUCAUUGACUGAUUCUAGCACUGACUCUCUGGAAAAAGUAUCUACGUCAAAUGAAGAUGUCUCAUUAAAGGAUGACACUGUUGGUAAAAACUCAAAACCAAAGUCUAAAGCACAGAAAGAUGAAAUUUGUGCAAAGUUAUCACAUGUCAUAAAGAAGCAACAUAGGAAAAGUACUUUGAUCAAUAACACUGUCAUUCUAGAGGAAAACACAGCUAUGUCUGACCUUGAGAACUGUUCAGAAAAAGAUAGAGAAGUUCUAAAGGAAGAUGCUGUCACACAUGAUGUGUCUUCAGACCCUGUUCUGGAUGAUGAACAUGAAGAGCAAAAUUCUGAAAACAGUUCAAAGAAACAGUUAAAAAGUGAGGAGUCAUACAAUUCUGAUAAAAGCAAGUGUCAGAUCCAGGAACACCAUGCAACUGAUGAUUUGCUAUCAUUUACAGAAGUUACCAAUACAUUGGUAAAGAAAACUUCAUGUGAGGAUCCCGUGAAGGUUGUAGUUGAAUCAAGAGAUAAGGAAAUAAGAAAGAGUACAGUGCUGAUUUCUAACUUGGUAAAAGGACAGGUGCCUCAUGGCAGUAGCAAGCCUUUGGUAACAGGUUCUCAAACGGACCUCUGUAACAUAACUUCAGUAGCUCAAACUACUGUUAUUCAGUUUCCAACAGGUACAAGUAAAAGUCCAUCGCAGCUACAAAGAAAAGAUGAUAGAUGUUUGACAGCUAACCAAAACAGUGCUGACACCUGCCACGGGCAGAUUAUUGUUAUUUCAGAUUCUGACGAAGAUGAUGAUGAAAGAAGUCAUGGUAUUGAGAAACACACCCAACAGGACAAAGUGUGCACAGAGAAAGAAUGUCCAGAGCAGCAUGGUUUGGUAGUUAAUACUGGUGUGGAAAAGAAACUUAUAAAGGAAGAAGAAACAAAGUUCUCUGUAGAAUUUGAGGACUCCGAAUCUCAGGUUUUUGAGUUUGAAAGUUCUUCUGAAGUGUAUUCAGUUUGGCAAGAUCAUAAAGUAGACAGCAAGAACUUCCUUCAAGAGGAAGGAAAAAGCUGUGUAACUCAUGUAGCUGAUAGUACAAACAAUAAUUUGGGUUGUGGUGCAGACUCUGUGUCUGAAGAGAUUGCUAGAAAUGAAGCAGAGGAUGUUGAAGAGCAUGCAGAACCACACAGUAGUGUUUCUGCUGAGGAAUUUUGUAAAACUGGAGGAAAACAACAUAAGAGAAAAAGAUGUGACAGAGUUACAGUUGAAGAUCCCCAAAGGCCUUCAUCUUCUGUCAGACCUGAGCAAUUGGCUGAUGACAGAGAUCUUGCUGGAAUAGACACAGGGACAUCAGCUUCCAGUUCAAGAGUUGAGAGAGAUUCUACACUUUCACCAAUGAAGUCUACAAAGCCUCGUACUCACCCAAAACCUGUUAGGAAAGUACCAGCUUCUAAGGCUAUUAAGAAAACUCAUUCAGACACCAAGAGAGGACAGAAUAAGAGUUCAUGUUACAUCAGUUGUAGAACAUCUCCUGCUAUUGUGCCUCCAAAGAAAUUUCGUCAGUGUCCAGAGCCAACUUCAACGGUUGAAAAACUUGGUCUGAAAAAAGCUCCUCGGAAGGCAUUUGAGUUGUCCCAGAGGUCUCUGGAGUGUAUAGUCCAGUUACGUGACCAUGGUAAGACUGUUGGAGUAGUCGACGCCCCCAAAAAGACGAAAUUAAUUCCUCCUCCAACUCUUUCCAUCAAAAAUAAUAAGAAGCUGCUGACAAGUCAGGAUCUUCAGUUUCAAAGGCUCAUGAGAUCCAGAUCUCAUCAAAAACGAGACCUUGAUUACAAAAAUACUGAUACUGCUAGAACAGUGCCACGCACAGUACAGGGUUCUGACGUACCUGUGCCAGACUCUGAUGGGCCAGAUAAUAGAGGAAGUGAGCCACCUGCCAACAGUAAUGAAAAGCAAUUAGCAAAAUGCAUGCCUUCCAAACUAGAAGUGGCGAAAGCCAUUUCCGAUCCUCGGGUGACUGAUAUAGCUUCUCUUGUGAACCAGUGUGAGUCUAGAGUGUUAAGUGGAGGAGUGCCAACAGAUGUGAUAUUUGCUUCAGAGGAUCCUGUGGGUGAAGACGCUCCCACACUGCCAUUUGGGGAGGUGGCAGCUGUGAAAGCUGCAGAACCAGAAUCCAGUAGUGAUACAGAUGAUGAUAAUUUAUUCUUAACACAGCAUGAUCCUCAAGAUAUGGAUCUGUGCUCACAGAUGGAAAAUAAUAAACUGAUUGUAGUGACUCAUAAAGAUGCUAUUCAGAGAGAUGAUUCUGUAAAUCAGCCUCAGCUGGUGGAGUCUUUGAGUGUCACAAAGUGUAAGUAUAAAGACUGUGUUGAAACUACAAAAAACCAGGGUGAAUACUGCCCAAGACACUCCGAAGCUAAAGCAGCAGAUGAUGACGUGUUUCGUAAACCCGGCUUACCUCUUUCUGUAGCCAGGCCAUUGAGACCUACUACUACCAAGAUAUUUAGCUCAAGCAGUGCUUCACGAACAGCCAAUUUUUCCAAGUCUUUGGAAAGUACCAUACUUCAGUCAGCACUAAAAAAUAAGUCAAGUGGGGCACAGCCUAAUUUGAAGGUGACACCACCCUCUUCCAUAGUGUCUCAGAAGCCAGUGGCUGAGGUGAAAAGUUUAUGCAAUAUUUUUAAUUUUCAGACUCCAAGCAGUUCCAGUAAACGGAGUUAUAAGCUUACACUUAGUGACAGCAAGCCUGUGUCAGCUUCCUCUGCAGUGAACAUUCUCUUGCCAUCACAGUCUAUCUUUGACACCUUCAUUAAAGAGGUCUUAAAAUGGAAAUACCAAAUGUUUUUGAACUUUGAUAAAUGUGGCGCCCCACCAAGUCUCUCUCAAUCUAUCUCAAGACCCGUGCCCGUCAGAUUUCAAGAUUGUGCAGAGUAUUUUAAUGUUUUUCUCCCUUUGAUUAUAUUGAAUGCUUUUGAAACAGUGGCACAGGAAUGGUUCAACUCUCCAAAUAAAGAGAAUUUCUAUCAUUUGCAUUUACGAAAAUUUCCAGCGGACUACAAAAAAUACUGGGAGUUUAUGAUUUACCUGGAGGAAUCUGAACUAGCUAAACAACUUCAUCCAAAGGAAAAUGAUCUGGUGUUUUUGGUUCCUGAGAGACUAAAUAGAGAGAAGAAAGAUAUGAACAGGAAUGGCAUGCAAGAUCGAAAUGGCUAUUACUGUGGUUAUGUUCAUAAGUUUCGCCGUACUUCAGUCAUGCGCAGUGGAAAAGCUGAGUGUUCCUUGUGCAUCCAGACACAAGAUAACUUGCCAGUCAGACUAAAUGAAUUCAUGAAAUGUAUUGUAAUCAGUUCUCUGGUAACUACACAGAGGAAAUUGAAAGCCAUGUCUCUGUUGAGCAGUCGGAACCAGUUGGCCAGAGCUGUUCUAAAUCCAAACCCCAUGGAUUUCUGUACCAAAGACCUAUUAACUACAACAUCUGAAAGAAUUAUUACCUACUUAAAAGACUUCAAUGAAGACCAGAAGAAAGCCAUAGAAACAGCAUAUGCUAUGGUGAAACACUCACCAUCUGUUGCUAAAAUAUGUUUGAUUCAUGGACCACCUGGAACAGGAAAAUCAAAAACCAUUGUAGGUCUCUUGUAUCGAUUAUUGACAGAGAACCAGAGGAAGGGCCAUUCUGAUGAAAACUUCAAUGCCAAAAUCAAGCAAAACCGAGUCCUCGUGUGUGCACCUUCCAAUGCAGCUGUUGAUGAACUUAUGAAAAAAAUUAUCCUGGAAUUCAAAGAAAAAUGUAAAGACAAGAAGAAUCCUUUGGGAAAUUGUGGAGAUAUAAAUUUAGUGCGACUGGGUCCAGAAAAGUCUAUUAAUACAGAGGUCCUAAAAUUUAGUUUGGACAGCCAAGUCAGCCACAGAAUGAAAAAAGACUUGCCUUCUCAUAUUCAAGAAAUGCUUAGAAAGAAAGAGUUUCUGGAUGGUCAGCUCGAUGAGCUUUCUCGUCAGCGAGCUCUGUGUCGAGGUGGACGAGAGAUGCAGAGGCUAGAAUUAGAUGGAUGUAUUGUCAAAGUUUCAAAAGAAAGGCAAGAACUUGCUUCGAAAAUUAAAGAGGUUCAGGGGCGACCACAGAAAACACAGAAUACCAUUAUCUUGGAGUCUCAUGUCAUCUGCUGCACACUGAGCACAAGUGGUGGUUUGCUGCUUGAGUCUGCUUUUCGAGGACAAGGGGGUGUCCCCUUUAGUUGCGUCAUUGUGGAUGAGGCUGGACAGUCUUGUGAAGUUGAGACACUUUCUCCACUUAUUCAUCGCUGCAACAAACUUAUCCUAGUAGGAGACCCGAAACAGCUCCCUCCCACAGUCAUUUCUAUGAAAGCACAGGAGUAUGGCUAUGACCAAUCAAUGAUGGCACGAUUCUGCAAGCUGCUUGAAGAGAAUGUGGAGCAGAACAUGAUUGGCAGGCUGCCGAUUUUACAGCUUACCAUUCAGUACAGGAUGCAUCCAGACAUAUGUCUCUUCCCUUCUAAUUAUGUUUAUAACAAAAACUUGAAAACAAAUAGAAUGACUGAAACCAUUCGGUGUUCAUCAGAGUGGCCAUUUCAGCCCUACCUGGUGUUUGAUGUUGGAGAUGGUUCAGAACGACGGGAUAAUGACUCAUACAUAAAUGUUCAAGAAAUAAAGUUGGUGAUGGAAAUAAUUAAACUUAUUAAAGACAAAAGAAAAGAUAUUUCCUCCCGAAAUAUUGGCAUAAUAACUCAUUACAAGGCUCAGAAGACGAUGAUCCAGAAGGAUUUGGAGAAAGAAUUUGAUAAGAAAGGUUUAUUACAGCCCAUCAUGAUUGGGGAGUCAAGGCAGCAGGACCCUGAAGCAUCCAGUCAGAAGAAGAAGAGCAGUGAAUGCAUGCAUACUAGUGAUGAGCUCGAUUUCUCCACUUUUACACAGUCCGGAGUCUCCUGCAUAGAGAAUGGUGUCACCCACACUGGGCCUGCAGAAGUGGAUACAGUGGAUGCCUUCCAGGGCCGGCAAAAAGACUGUAUAAUUGUUACCUGUGUCAGGGCUAGUGCUGUGCAAGGUUCAAUUGGAUUCCUGGCAAGCUUGCAAAGAUUGAAUGUCACCAUUACACGAGCCAAGUACAGCCUUUUUAUCCUUGGACAUUUGAGGACUCUGAUGGAAAACCAACAUUGGUAUGAACUGAUUCAGGAUGCUCAAAAGCGUGGGGCCAUUAUUAAGACCUGUGACCCAAACUAUAGACAUGAUGCAAUGAAAAUUCUGAAACUGAAGCCUGUGCUACAGAGGAGUCUGACCCAUCCUCCAGCCACUGCCCCAGAGGCACCGAGACCUCAGGGUGGCUUGCCCAGCAACAAACUGGACAGUGGACUUGCCAAGACAUCUUUUGCUGCUUCUCUGUACCAUACACCCUCUGAUGCUGUCACUAAGGAACCUGAAAGGCCACCUCUUCAAGACCGACUUCGAGAUCCACGACUGCUUAGGAGAUUGGAUGCUGAAGCCAAGGGAACACUCCUGAAAAAUGCACAGCCUCUGAACUCCCAGCUCCCUGGGCUAGUCCAUCUCCUGGGAGAGUCUGGCAUUCCUUUGUUUUUACACGACCUGAGUUUUAUUGUGCCACCAUCCACUGCCAUCGUUGCCCCUAUGAACAGCCAUAGGUCUCCUCUUCAGGCUGAGCCACCACCGGCUCACCCUGCUGCUCCUUCCACCAGUAAGAGGAAGUACAGUGACCGAGACUCUGGGUUCAGUCAUAGAAGGGAAUCCAGGGACUUCAGUGAAGAGGAAAGACGUGGCUCUGUGACUCAUCACAUGCUGAGGAGUACUGACUGGAACAGGAGAAGGCUGGAACAGGAGGACAGCAGUGCUAAGAAGAGACGGUUUCUAUAGUAGCUCCUGGCAGUGAGACUGUCAUCCUCAGGUAGCUAGUGACACCAUACACAUCAGCUGGGUUUUAGUUUUGUUUCCCUUGAAGAGUCUGAGUUAAAGGAUGAAAAUACCUUCUAACCCUUAGGCUAUUGGUCAUCUUCAGUACUUUUUGCCAAUUGUAUACACUUGGAGAGGGCAUUUGUUUACCUGUAAUGUCUGUGAGGUCAAAAUUCAAAACAUUGGGAUCUUUUGUUCUGUAGAAAAGGUCAGGUCAGGUGAAUGUUGUAAAGGUUAAACUGUGAGUCUGUAUAGCAACCCGAAAUCCUUUUAAAAUGUAAACCACAUUUCCUUCCUCUGCUUAGUCAUUUUCCAACAGAACAAAUUUAAAGAGAGAGAGGACAGGUGUUUUCAGCCAUUGUAUGGUGGACAAGUUUAUUUUUUUUAACAGCCUCAGUACUGGGAGUUAGCCAAGUUGGUACUAGUAGCCAGUGUCUUAUUUAAAGAACUGCUGGGGGGCUCCUGAGCCUUCAGACGGCACAUGUUGGGAGUUUUUGUGAGACAAGGCAGCUUGGUACAGGACAUUACUAUCACAAGUUUAUUUACCUCUAUUAGUGUAUGACUUAAUUUUCUUGCUAAAUUUCUUUCCCUUCUCAACAGAAGAACAAUUCGUGAACUGUCAUUCAGAUGGUCCCAAUGUUUUAUGAGAUUGGUAUAACUGGUGAGUUGUAGACAUGGUUACCAAAUGGAGGAUUUGUACUGGCCUGGCCUGGAAGAGUCCUUUUGGAUUGCUUGUGAAGUGAAGCCUUUAGGGUUGCCAGGAAAAUAAAGAGUAGAUGCUUUCUGAGGGAUUCCAUGGAAGCUGCACAGGGCAAAUAGUGUAUCUCAGGCAGGAAAGAUACUCCGUGAGAAAGGGAAGAGUUUGUCGUCUGGGUUUCAGGACCAUCUAAUAGAUGGGACUUGUUGUGUUGGCUCACUAGGGGCACUCAGCCUCUGUCAGACCUGGUGUACCUGUUAGAGGAAAGCAUGGGGGGUCUGGAGUCAGGACGAGGGAGGACUAGCUAACCGGUCAGGUUUCCAGACUUCCGUGUAGAAGAGCGUGUGACUGUGGGGUUUCUAGUGACUACUGUACUGUACAUACUGCCUAUUUAGCUGCUUUGGGGCAGGAAGACAUCCCUGAAAAUGUUUGGAAUUUUCUUUGUCAUCUGUUCUUAAACAAAAGGGCUUGUGUUAGAAAUUCUGCUAAAGCAGGUUUUAUUUGUUAAGAGCUUUGAAAAAACAGUGUGCAUUCUGCCAAGUCUCAAUAUUGAGUUUCCUGUGCUGUCUUUUCAGCUGGUGUCCAGACAUGUACCCUUAUGUCUGCUGGACACUUGUAAAACUAGGGGAGUCGAUACCUCUCAGCGCUUCAGCCUCAUGGCUGUACCUGGCUAGGUGGGAAGUAAAUCCACUCUGGCUAGGGCAAGGAUUAAAUAAGCCUUCUGUAUGUGACAUUGGCAGGAAACCUCACUGCCACUUGAUAUUUUCUUUCCUGGUGUCUUUGAGAUGUGCUCAAUUUAGCAGGGAUUUGUGAACGUGACUACUAAAGAAGGCCAAAAGUGUGCUUCUCAGGCGGGCAUGACAAAAACGGCAAUGGUCAGGGCAUUUCCUACUCUGCUCACAUUACCACAUAGAUUAAGAAACAAGUUUUUAAAAAUAAGUUUUUUCAAAACAUUGUAGUUGGCUGCCACCCGGCGUGUGUUCAUCUGUGGGCUUACUGCUAACCACUUCAGAGUAUGUGAAAAUUAGGAGGGUCUGGAGUUGUUUAUUUUGUGAGUAUAAAAAGCUACUGGGAUUAGACUCUGGCCAGGGCCUUGAGUCCUUGUAUCCUCCUUUCCAGCAACCAAGCCUUGCCUUAGAAUCCUCUCUCAGCGGAUUGUAAGUGUGUGUCGUUAGAUUUGGAAACCUUAUUUAUUCCAGUUAGUAAAGGUAUUUGCAGAAAGCAUUUGCUGUGUCAGGUGGCCUUUUCCUGAAGGCACUGUCAUGAGUAGUUAAUCCUGACAAAAUGAAAAGUUCACUUUGUCUUUUCUGUGGUUAAAAGAACAUGCCCUGACUACUUUCAAAAUGUUAUUUCAAGGCUAAUGUAUUAUACCUUACCUGUCUCACUUUGCUUCUCUCUUAUUUACCACAGUUUGUUCAGUUAUGUUUUCAUGAAUUAUCAGGAGCAAAUUUGAACAAGAACAUGUGAAUAAUCUCCUGUAAAUGAGUUUUAUAACAAGAGUGUACUAAACUAUUUUCUAAAAUUACUUGUGCACAUUGGGAAUCUUUCUGUAGCUUUGUGUUUUGUAUGCUCUGGAUUCAUAACUGUUAUCUUUGUUAAUACCUAAAAUUUAAGAGAAAAUGGCAGAAUUAAAAACAAACAAAACUGGCA